GUCCAAAAAUGUCUUCCAACGCCAGAAUCAAUCUUGGUCCUCUCUUUCAAGCGGUACUCGUACUCCCAUGAUCUGCAAGUUUUCACCUUUAUUUUCCAAAAAUUACCCAUUCCAGAAAACGGUUUUAUACCCUAAUCUGCUCGCAUACAACACACACUCCACAAUUGAAAACUCUCAAACGCUACCAAUUGAGAAGGAAGUCGGCACAGGCUUGCUUCGGCGGAACAAGAGUUCUAAUCCACAUUCUAAUUCCUACUCUCAAUCCAAGAUGAAAAACCAAUGAAUCUGGAGCUAAACUCGGGUGUUUAAAAGGCUCAAAUUUUGGUGGAUUUGUCACUCAGAUGGAUCUCCUCCGAAGAGCCAGCAUUAGAUAUUCCCCACAACUUAACAAAUUUGCAAAAAGGUCGUUUACACAUCCAAAAUUGCCUUCGGAUAGGCUCACUGCACCCUCUGCUCUUCUCCAUGGCAUUCAUGUCUUCCACUGCCCAGAUGAAGUGGGAAUUGUCGCCAAAUUAUCAGAAUGCAUAGCCUCAAAAGGUGGCAACAUUCUUAAUGCUGAUGUUUUUGUGCCUGAAAAGGAGAAUGUCUUUUAUUGCAGAAGUGAGUUUGUCUUUGAUCCUGCCAAAUGGCCACGUGAUCAAAUGGAUGACGAUUUCUCGAAGCUUGGGAAGAUGUUCAAUGCAAUGAGGUCUGUUGUUCGGGUGCCCAACCUAGAUCCAAAAUAUAAGAUUGCAGUCCUUGCUUCGAAGCAGGACCAUUGCCUAGUUGAUUUGCUGCAUGCGUGGCAGGACUCUAAACUUCCUGUUGAUAUUAUAGCUGUGAUAAGCAAUCAUGACAGAUGUGCAAACUCACAUGUAAUGAGAUUUCUUGAAAGGCAUGAAGUCCCUUACCAUUAUCUCAACACAACUAUAGAUGACAAAAAUGAAGGCGAUAUCUUGAAUGUGGUUAAAGAUACAGACUUUCUAGUACUUGCUAGAUACAUGCAGAUACUCUCAGGAAAUUUCUUAAAGAGCUAUGGGAGGGACAUCAUUAAUAUUCAUCACGGUUUAUUACCCUCUUUCAAGGGUGGGAAUCCAUCUAAACAGGCAUUUGAUGCUGGUGUUAAACUGAUUGGCGCAACAUCUCAUUUUGUGACCGAAGAACUUGAUGAAGGUCCCAUCAUUGAGCAAAUGGUGGACAGAGUUUCUCAUAGGGACAAUUUGCGAAGCUUUGUGCAUAAAUCUGAGAACUUGGAGAAGCAAUGCCUUGCAAAAGCAAUAAAGUACUAUUGUGAACUGCGCGUGUUGCCUUACAUAAAAAACAAGACUGUUGUAUUUUGAGGCUACUGGAAACAUGUAUGUAUUAUUGUAUACCCUAUUUUUUCAUGAUUAUUGAAAUUCUAAUCUGACAUUUUGUAA